GCAAUGGAGGUUUCAUUAUCCUUUUGUUUCGUUGUCCUGUCAACGCUACUAGCCAUUUGGUUGUUGAAGCUCUUCGUCUCCGGCGGAAACACCAAACCUGAAAAGUCUCUGAAGCCUCCUGGGCCAUGGACUCUCCCGAUCAUCGGCAGUCUCCACCACCUCAUCAGCACCCUCCCACACCACAAGAUUAGAGAGCUGUCUCGCCGUCACGGGCCUGUGAUGUCCAUCAAGCUCGGGGAAGUGCCCGUAGUCGUUGUCUCCAGUGCCGAGGCGGCCGAGCUGGUGCUCAAGACAAACGAUCCCUUGUUCGGGAGCCGGCCGAGCAGCCCGACAAUGGAAAUCGCCACCCGUGGCGGAAAGGGCAUCGUCUUGGCCCCUUACGGCGAGCGGUGGCGCCAAGUCCGCAAAGUCUGCACCGUGGAGCUCCUCAGCGCCAAGCAGGUGAAGCGCAUGGAGGGUAUCCGGACUAAGGAGUUGGGAAACCUCCUACGCUUCAUCACUGAAUCCAGUAGGGAUGAUGCCACCAUCAACGUUAGCGACAAGGUAGCUUCACUUACCAACCAUCUGGUCACAGUUGGGGUUUUUGGCGGCAAGUUCACACGGCAGGAUGAGUACUUGCACGAGUUGGACAAAACCAUGGAGCUUAUUAGCGGCUUCGCCCUCCUCGACCUGUUCCCAUCCUGGUGGCUGCUUCGCUGGAUCAGCAACAGCGAGCGCCAUGUAAGGAGGAGCUGUCGCCGUCUCGAAGGCAUGGUGGCCGACAUUAUCAACGAGCGCAAGGCAGUGCGAUCUGCCAGCUACAGUGCCCGCAGCACCGACGACGAGGACCUGCUGGAUGUACUGCUCAGGUUGCAGGAGGAGGACUCACUGGCAUUCACUCUAACCACAGAGAUUAUAGGCGCUGUCUUGUCGGACAUAUUUGGCGCUGCCACCCAUACCACAUCAUCUGUUUUGGAGUGGACUAUGUCGGAGCUAGUCAACCACCCCGAAGCUAUGUCAAGGGCACAAUUAGAGGUCCGUAAGGUCCUAGGCGAAGGUCGAUCAGUUAUUAACAAUUUUGACCUUGCUGAAAUCCCCUUCAUUCGCAUGGUUAUCAAAGAGACUCUGAGGAUGCAUCCACCCGCCCCUCUACUCCCCCGCCUCACAAGGGAGGAUUCCAAAAUUAUGGGUUAUGACCUGCUUGAAGGCACCAACGUAUGCAUUAAUGUCUUCGCAAUUUCAAGAGAUCCAAAGUACUGGGAAAAUCCUGAAGAGUUUAAACCCGAGAGGUUUGAGAACAGCAACAAAGAUUACUAUGGAACACAUUUUGACUUCACUCCCUUCGGGGCUGGACGGCGCCAGUGCCCUGGGAUCCAGUUCAGCUCAUCAGUCAUGGAGGUUAUACUAGCCAACUUGCUAUAUCACUUUGAUUGGAUGCUCCCUGAUGGAGCUUCAAUUGACAUGUCCGAGAAAUUUGGGUUGGCUGUGGGCAAAAAGCAUGCCCUGAAACUUAAAGCAAUUCCAUACCCCCGCGCCCGUGCCCGUUUUUUGGAUCGAGAUGCUGGUAUGCUACUUGGUGUACGCCGUAGGUAG